AUGCUGCCAACAGUAGAACAACCCAUUUCACCAUUAGACGAGAACCCAUUGAAUGGAAAUGACAAUAAACUGAAAUCAAAAGGUUUUUUUGGUAAUGAGAAGGAGGGUGAUAGACACGAUUUGAACGAAGUACAGGAAAAUGGAACUAUUGACAGUAAUGAUGCUAUUAGACAGCUGCUGGAUAUAGACAGAAUUUUUCGAUCUGUCCAUAAUGGACCCAUUCUUCCAGAUCACAGGUCUCCGUCACCGAAUACUCGUGACGAUUCAUCACAAGUAAUAGGCAACCCUCUUUCAUUUUACUAUUCCAACGAUGAUAAAGAGUAUCGAUAUGACACUGAUAGACACCAACAACAACUGCAUACAAAGGGCAAGCAUUUGGAGGAUGAGCAGCAAAAUCUGAACCGAUUCGAGCUCGUGAAUGAUGAAGACGUUGACAAAUAUCCAUCAAGAAAGGAAUCAUCAAGACCUACACAUACCCGUUCAGCAACCUUGAGUGGUUUCAUGCAGUCGAGAAUUUUAGGGAGAUCAGUAUCGACUAAUCAAGAAACCUCGCCUACCGAGCCGGAAUUUGCAAAUUUGCAUGAUGCCUUGCAUCCCAAAGAAGACACCACCAAGAGUGGUAGACUUAAAAAGACAUUGCGCCGUUUCAAUCGAAGAAAGACCAAGGAUAAACGACAAAGUACAAUGACAGCCGAAUUCGACGAGCUUAAUGACGAGUCGGAAAAUGCCACUAUGGAGAGGGCAGAAAAGUUACUAGCAGGUAUGUCCACUGGUGCUCCUGCAAUAAAUUUAAUGGCUUCUUGCUUGUUAGAAGAUGAGCAUGGUAUAACUAGAGCUCCGUUGUUGUUGUCAGUUCUUGGAUUCAGGUUAACUGAUGUCACUCCCAAAGAAACAAGUAGAAAUAGGAGAUUCAGAAUUGAUUUAGAAUACGGAAUUGACAAGCACAGAAUGAAAUGGAGCAUUGAGAGGAACGCUACUGACUUGGCUUACUUGGCCUACAAACUCGAGAGAACGAGAAUUGUAAGUAGAGUCGUGGGAAACAAAUCUCAACCAUUGCCCAGACUUCCAAUUCCACCAAUUCGAAAAUUGGAUAACAAAAGAAGCAAAAAGACCAAAAGUGUUUUAUCUGAUCUGCGUGUAAAAGAUGACCAUAUUCUAGCACCAGAUAACAACGACAACCAUUCGCUCUCACCAGUACCAUCAGCAUUGUCUAGAGUGAGACUGCGUUUGGGAAGUAUAACAUCAGUGGGAUCACUCGAAAAGUAUCCUGAACUACUUGAACUCAGACGGAAAAAGAAUGUCCAAUUUAUGAAGGAUGUUGAAAAUUAUUUGAAAGAGUUGAUUGAAAUUACAGAGUUGAAAACCCUGGCAAACAUUUUGUUUACUUUCUUUGAGUUGUCACCUCUUUCGUCUUUGUUGAGUUAUGAAUCUGGUUAUACUGGUAAACAGGGUCCAGUGCAUAUUGGGGGUACAGCUAAAGCACAGGGCUGGAGAGUGGGCCAUUUCAAAGUGAAUGAUUUAAAAGGAAUCUAUGAGAGAAGAGUUGAAAAGUGGAUGCUUGUAAGAAAUAGUUAUGUCACAUAUGUUUCAGACAUUAACUCUACUACCCCUUUGGAUGUAUUCUUAGUUGAUAGUGAUUUCAAGAUCAGUGCCAGAAAUUUGGAGAUUGCAAACAGGGAUGACGAUGACUCCUUAUUUGACAACUCCUCUGUUGCUCAACAACAAAUGCAUGAAAAUGAAAACAAGUUUUUCCCACAUUUGAAGAUAACUUUGGAAAAUAGAGAGAGAAAAUUGGUGAUGCUGCCAAAAUCUCAAAGAGAACAUUCUCUUUGGAUUGACUCUCUCAGAACUAUGCAAAACCUGACGAUAUGGUCCCAAAAUAAGAGAUUUGAUUCCUUUGCCCCAGUUAGAGAGAACUGUUUUGCCCAGUGGUUUGUUGACGCUAGAGACUAUUUUUGGGCCGUUUCCACUGCUUUGGAAAUGGCCAAGGAUACCAUUAUGAUACAUGACUGGUGGCUUUCUCCGGAAUUGUAUCUUCGAAGACCGGCAAAUGGAAACCAACAAUACAGAAUUGAUCGAUUAUUGCAAAGAAAAGCUAAAGAAGGUGUUAAGAUUUUUGUGAUAAUUUACAGAAAUGUUGGGUCAACGGUUGCUACUGACUCAUUGUAUACAAAACAUUCUAUAUUGUCUCUUGACGAAGAGAAUAUUCAUGUUAUUAGAUCUCCAAAUCAACUUCUUCAGAAUACAUUCUUUUGGGCUCAUCACGAAAAAUUAUGUAUAGUCGACCACACAUAUGCUUUCUUGGGUGGUAUAGAUUUGUGUUAUGGAAGAUACGACACACCAGAUCACGCCUUAACAGAUGAUUCUGGUGUAGAUUUUUCAAAUAUCGCACAAGACGACAGAAUCACAGCAGAAAACUUUGCCAAUUUUCAAGUUUUUGUGGGGAAAGAUUAUUCCAAUCCUAGAGUCAAAGAUUUUCUGGAGCUUGAAAAACCAUAUGAAUCUAUGUAUAACAGAAAUAUUGUUCCUCGUAUGCCUUGGCAUGAUGUCCAUAUGUAUACAUGUGGUCAGACUGCAAGAGAUUUGGCCAGACAUUUUGUUCAGAGAUGGAAUUACUUGAUUAGACAAAAGAGGCCAAGCAGACUCACCCCACUUUUGUUACCUCCUUCGGAUUUGACUGAAGAAGAGGUAUUGGCUCAUGGACUAGAUGGUACCUGCGAGGUCCAGUUAUUAAGAUCAUCCGGAAACUGGUCACUUGGUUUGAAGGAACAUGAGCAAAGCAUUCAAAAUGCAUAUCUCAAAUUAAUAGAAACAUCUGAACACUUUGUUUAUAUUGAGAAUCAAUUUUUUGUAACUGCUUGCUUUAUUGAUGGUAUUGAAAUCAAGAAUAGAAUUGGUGAUGCGUUGGUUGACAGGAUCAUUCGAGCACAUAGAGAAGGUACUAAUUGGAAAGCUAUUAUUGUUAUACCUUUGAUGCCUGGUUUUGAAGCUCAAGUUGAUGAAGCAGAAGGGUCGUCUGUGCGUGUGAUCAUGCAAUGUCAGUACAUGUCGAUUUCCCGAGGUGAGACUUCAAUUUUUGCAAAAUUGAGGAAAAAGGGCAUUGACCCAGACCAAUAUAUCCAGUUUUUCUCCUUACGGAAAUGGGGUAGAAUAGGUUCCAACCGAACAUUGGUUACUGAACAGUUGUAUAUUCAUGCAAAAACUAUGAUUGUCGAUGACAGAUCCGUUAUUAUUGGGAGUGCCAACAUCAACGAGAGGUCCAUGCGUGGUGUCCGUGAUUCUGAAGUUGCUGCAGUUAUUCGUGACAAGGAAAUGGUAAAGAGUAAAAUGAACGGUAAGCCGUACUUGGCAGCAAAGUUUGCUCACACAUUAAGAAUGAGAUUGAUGAGAGAACAUCUUGGAGUUAAUAUCGAUAUCGUUGAUGUUGUGGAGAGAAGGUUUAAGAGAUUCGAAAACUUCGCUGCUUCAGAGGAAGGUAAGAAAUUUGCCACUAACAAGUUUAGAAAUCCAGAGAAUCGGACAUUGUCUGCUAUGGUGGAGAUUGCAUCAAGAGAUAUAUUACAGCAACCAGAGGGAACCAGGAGGUGGAAGGAAUUUAUUCAUGUAUCGAAAUAUGAUGCUGAAAUUGCCGAGGUUAACUUUGAAGAAGAAGACACAACUUUGCCUCCCCCUCUUUUCUUACCAAUUUCAUUUAACAAUCGUACAGGUCCAUUUGAAGCCAACAAAGGUGUGCGUGAUAGCAAGAAACAUUCAUACGAUAACAGGGUUCAAAAUAGCGAGUCGCAUAAAAAAGAUGUUUAUGGUGAAGGAUUAGACAAAUACAAGUCAAAGUUGGCAAAGAGGGCAAGGGUUAGUAGUGGUAAAUUUUUGAAUGAACUUUCCCUUCUUGCAAUGGAGACUAAUCCAACAGGUUCAUUUUUGCCUGAUUUUGAUAGUGUCAGAAACUUUUUGGAGUCAGAUGACUGUCAUAUGAGUGGAGAAAUGGAUGACGAAUCUGAAGACAUGAUUGCAGAAAGAAACAAGGAAAGAUGGAUGUUGCUUAAGAAGAUCUCCUAUUUGCAAAGACUUGCUGCUAGAGAAAAGAGCAUGAAUGAUACAGAGAACCAGAGAAGGGCAAAAUUGGGAUUACCAGUUUUGUCUAAAAGUGAUAAUGCUGGUGAUGGUAGUGAUUCCCAAGGAUUGCCUGUUAGUGGCACAUUACCUACUUCCGAGGGAAUUGAUACCGACUUUAGUUUGGAUAAGGAAUUUCCAACAGUAUCUUUGAGUGAGUCCGCUGCUAGAGAUAUCAUUAACAAUUUGACAACCCCUAAUGCUGCUGUAAGUAACUUUGUUGAUCCUUAUGAAUUUGAAGAUCCUAUCGACCCUGAUUUCUACGAAGCAAGAUGGAAUGAGUUUGCAAGGAGAAACACUGAUAUAUACCGUAUGGUGUUCCAUUGUCAACCAGAUGAUGUUGUGGGUCGAUGGUCAGAGUACACACAUUUUACAAAAUUGCAAAGUAUGUUUAUGAAAGCACAAGAUAGGGACACCGACCAAGGUCAACUUGCAGAAAACUACUCGGAUGAAAAAGCUGAAGUGGGAGACAACCAGGAACCACGACGUGCAAACAAUUCUAGACUAGAACAAGUUGACGAAGCAAGUGAGGACGAAUAUGGUUUGUUAGGUAAGGCGCCACCAGAAAGAGGUCAUGAGAAUCAAAAUAAACUGGAACAAGAAACCAACUUGAGAGCUAAGCUUAGUCGUCGUGUUAGUACAUUUGCUGGUGUGGCAGAAAAUCGGGACAAGCAUGCUAGUGACAAAACAGCCCAUAAAUCCGAAGGCAACAUUCAGGGUGCAGAAAAGACGAGCACCGAAGGAGAGGAGUCAGAAGAAUCGGGAACCCCUACUGAUAAACCCUCUGCUACAGCUGGAACGGUGCCAGCGUCUAAAACCAGGAAAAGAGCACGUACUUACUUAGCUAGAAGAAAAAUCCAAAGUGGUGAUGUUGUAUAUGAUAAAAAUUCGGCUGAGAGACUAUUGAAUGCAGUGCAGGGCCACUUGGUGUACUUUCCAGCCGAAUGGUUAAGUGUUGAGUUGCGAAACAAUAAUUGGUUCUACAACACCGAUAGGCUUCCACCAAUGGAAAUUUACGAUUGA